ACGGACACGAAACGAGGCGGUUCAAGGAAGCCUCACCGGCAACGGGACGUACCGCUGCUCACGUCGUUUUGGAUCGAUCAGCACCGACGGAGGGGUUGCGUGAUACUCAGACAAGCAAUGUGGACACAAGCCACAAUACGAAUCGGAUAGGGGUAGGCGUGCAAAACGGAAUGCAGGACCGCCACCGGCUGAGAUCGUUUACGCUCGUUCUAUGGAAAGAACGACGUACAGGGCUUUUAUCUCUAUUUUUGGAAUGCCCGGCUACAGGCGGCGUCGGCGUACGGGCAGGCAGCAGGCUGGGCGUGGAUGCGGAAUGCGAUGAACCGUUAAGCUCAAGGACGUCAAUGAGGCGCCACAAAAUGUGUAUGGUUGUUGAGGGUAUUAUGCAGGAUCGAGGUAAGGCCCGCCUUCGUAACGUGCAGGGGAACGACUGCGUAGCACCAGCAGUGCAGGGAGAUCUGCGAAGAGACUCUUCCCUUGUGCAGGAUAUAUUUAAACGUCUAGAGCGAGGGUCGUUUCACACAGACGGUGUGUUGAAGGGGGGAAUCGAUGUACUGAAGCGGGGAAUCGAUGUGCUGAAGCGAGGAAUCGGUGUGCUGAAGCGAGGGAUCGGUGUGCUGAAGGGGUUGCUUUAACCGCGAUACACCAGCGACGCACUGAACGUCUCUGGUCGUCUCUAGUUAAAUACAGAAGGGAAACUUCUUAAGAAAUAUCCGGGGGGCGGUUGGGCGGAAGUUAUGAGAUGCGGGGUUGCGUGAACAGUUUUCAAAGACAAGCGCCUGCGG